AAGCACCUCUCCUCUCCAGUAGUAUUUAGUAUUUUUAAUGCAAUUCCCAUUCCUCAAUCCUCUCAUAAAUUUAACUAUUUAUUACUAUUCGUAUUUCUCUCUCUCUCUCAUUCAUUGCUGCGGUUGGAGAUUCGAAACAUAGCACCCACCGCCAGAACCAUAAAGCAAACUUGCUUACCACAACAUUUUCUUGGUUUUCUUGAUUUCGCCCAUUGAUUCACCUUUUUUUCAUUUCUACUUGUUACUUCCACGGCUCUUCAAACUUCUCUUUGCCGUUAUUUAUUCGUGCUUUCCAUUAAUAUCCCAACUCCACCAAGAAACAGAAAUCAGAGUCCCAUCUUUCUUGUUCUCUCCAAGAAUGUGAUUCAGUGUCCUGGAGGGGUUUCUGAUUUCUCAACUGUUAGGUGCAUUUGCCAAGAUUUGUAUAUUUUCUUGAUUUGGCGGCAAUGUACGUGCUCACCAUGAUGAAGCCAGAGAAUUAUCAUGUUCUAGAAGAGAACUGAAUACAUGGUCUGGUAACUCAGAAUAAUGACGCGAUCUCUAAGAACAGUUUUGGCAUUUCAAUCUUAUCAAAACCAGGCUAAGGUGCUGGUCAGAAACUAUGUACUAGCAGAUCCUUUUAUCCCGUAUGCUUCUGUUCUUUGUGGCAUUUUGACGUGCAAAUUGGUAUAUGAUUUGACUCAGCUGAUCAGCACGUUUUAUUUCAGGAGUUAUAAUGCCCUCACAAAGAUUCAAAGAACCGAGUGGAACAAUCGUGGCAUUUCCACUCUGCAUGCUGUUUUUAUUUCAAUUAUGUCCAUGUACUUCGUGUUCUGUUCUGAACUUUUUGCUGAUCACAAUUCUGCUGGGCUAAUUACACUCAGAACUUCACCCCUCUCAACAUUUGUGCUAGGGAUGUCUGUUGGUUACUUCGUAUCUGACCUUGGAAUGAUUUGUUGGCUCUAUCCUUCUUUGGGUGGAGCAGAGUACAUUGUCCAUCACUCUCUUUCAGGAAUUGCAGUAGCAUAUUCCAUGUUCACUGGGGAGGGGCAGCUUUACACAUUCAUGGUACUGAUAUCUGAGGUGACCACCCCACAGAUCAACAUGAGAUGGUAUCUUGAUAUGGCUGGACUGAAGAAAUCCAGUGCAUAUCUGAUCAAUGGUGUUAUGAUAUUUUUUGGUUGGUUGGUGGCGAGAAUUCUUUUGUUUGUUUACAUGUUUUACCAUGUCUACCUCCACUAUACACAGGUCAUGCAGAUGCACACUGUUGGGUUUCUUUUGGUGUUUUCUGUACCAUUGGCACUUGCUGUCAUGAACUUACUGUGGUUUGGGAAGAUUCUCAAGGGAUUGAAGAAGACUUUAGCAAAAAGGAAAUGAGUAGUGUUGUAGACUGCUUAGCUUAACCAGGACUUGAGAUGCUGUAGAUUUCCCUGGCUGAUGUCAAAUCAAUUUUUUGAUUGUGGGCUUCAUCAUGUGCGGAGAUUCAGAGUCCAGGAAAAGAGACAAGGGAUCAAUAAUCAAAAGGACACAUGAAAGCACAUGGAUUUCAUCGUUUUCUGGAAAUCAACAUGCACUUUUAUUGCUAAACAUAAUGCAAUUCUGUAUUUUAAUCA